AUGGCUAACGAACAGGAACAGAAAAACAACUUCUUCGGCGUCAAAGAUCUUUCUCAUAAGACUCUCCUUCAGAGCGAUGCACUCUAUCAGUAUAUACUUAAAACCAGUGUUUAUCCAAGAGAGCACGAGUGCUUGAAGGAGCUCCGCGAGAUGACAGAAAAACACCCCCGGAACCUGAUGGCUACACCACCCGACGAAGGGCAACUUCUGAGCAUGCUUGUGAAGCUCAUUAAUGCCAAGAACACCUUGGAAAUUGGUGUAUACACUGGUUAUUCUCUUCUCUCCACUGCCCUGGCUCUUCCCGCUGAUGGAAAGAUCUUGGCUUUGGACAUGAACCGCGAAUACUAUGAAUUAGGAUUGCCCAUAAUUGAAAAAGCUGGUGUGAUUGAUAAGAUAGACUUCAGAGAAGGACCUGCUCUUCCUUUUCUCGAUGAGCUGCUUCAAGAUGAAAAUAACAAAGGAAAGUUCGAUUUCGUUUUCGUGGAUGCUGACAAGAACAAUUACUUGAACUAUCACAAGAGGGUAAUUGAGCUGGUGAAAGUUGGAGGGCUGAUCGGAUACGACAACACGCUAUGGGCUGGAUCUGUGGUGGCGCCGCCUGAUGCACCGAUGAUGGAUUACAUUAAGCCUCUUCGCAGCUAUGUGAUGGAGCUCAACAAGUACCUGGCUCAAGAUUCAAGGAUUGAGAUUUGCCAGCUCCCAGUGGGUGAUGGGGUUACCCUCUGCCGCCGCAUCUUCUGA